UUGAAAUGCAUUUUAAAAUUUAUUGUUUUUUAUUACUUCUUCCAGAUUUGUUCGUUUGAACGUAUCGUUAAUCGAUAUCGUAAAAUUUUAUAUACAGAAGGUGAAAUUGAUGGAACUGAUUUUUCUUUACCUCCAUCCAGGUCUAAUCCAUAUCCAUUUGAUCCAUCUGUUGAUCCCACUUUGCUUCCUCCUACACAUUCUCGUUCUUUAGCAAAUUAUGUCAAUCAUGUGCCUCUUCUUCAGAACUUGGUCGAUUUAGGUGUUAGCCUUUUUCAUAUAGAUACGGAAACAAACAUAGGACAUAAUUUGUUGAAACUAGAUUGGGUUAAAGAUGUUCGUGUUAAAUUGAAAUGGUUGAUGAGCAUAGGAAUUCCUGCGGAAAAUUUAGGCAUAUAUAUCACAAAAAAUCCAUACUUUCUUCUUCAGAAUCUCGAUGAUAUGAAGGUACGAGUGAAUUAUUUGCGAUCGAAAAAAUUUAAAAGGCAAGAAAUCAUCAAAAUAAUUCUAGAAUACAGAUUUUGGAUAAAUACAGCAGUUCGUAUAAUAGAUGCUCGCCUGGGCUGGAUUCAGAAAACUUUCUCAUUAUCUGGAAAAGAGGUUCGUCAACUGGUUAUAAAGGAACCGAGAAUUAUAAUGAAUGGAAUUAGAAUGGUUGAAUUUUUUUCAAAAGACUUGGAAUUUGACGGAAAAGAAAUUAAAAAAAUGGUUCUAACAGAUCCUCGACUAUUCAUUUGUGAUUUGUCAUUGGUCGAUCAAAACUAUAAGUUUUUACACAACUCAAUAGGCUUAUCGAAUGGUGAAAUUAUCAAGUAUCCUCUUGCUUUACGUUGUCGUCUUUCCUCAUUAAAGGAACGAUUCAAUUUUAUUAAGCUAUUAAAAGAAACGGAUAAUUUGCCAAAAAAUUCAUCAAUUUCUCUCGAAAAAGUCCUCCAUCCAUCUGAUAGUUAUUUUACUCGGAAUGUUGUUCGAACAACCCUUAACUCUUAUAAUAAUUUUCUGAAAAAAAUUUAA